AAGAUUCCCGUAGUGUGGGAAUUUCCUAUAUUUAUUUAUCCGCCGUCCAUGCCUGUGAGUGGAAUCCGGAAGUGGACGAUGGCACGCAACCAGAAGCGUCAUUAUGCACACAUGCAACUGGACAUGCGGGAGGGACUCCCCUUAAUAGAGCUGCUAGGCAGAAAUUGAUUCAUAUUCCAAAUAAAGCAGGCAGCGAGUUACAAAGCAACACUUUGGAGUAUAAUGGCAUCUGGCGGCUUAACAUGUGUAAAAUACUUGACAUUCUUUUGCAAUCUUCUUUUUGCGCUCACUGGACUUCUUAUCUUUCUGGUGGGAGGCAUGGUCCAACUAAACUAUGCACACUAUUCGAACUUCGUUAGCGAUCACAUCUGGACCGCUCCUAUUAUACUAAUGAUUGUCGGUGCCGCUGUAGCGGUUAUUUGCUUCUUGGGAUGUUGUGGAGCUUUGAAAGAGAGCAGCUGUAUGAUACUGAGCUUUGCCCUUCUUGCCGUGGUGAUAUUUUUGUUCGAGAUCGGACUGGGCCUUGCUGGCUAUGUGAAGCAUACCGGUCUUCAUCAUAUUAUGGAGAGUCAGUUUAACUCGACCAUGCAGCACUAUAAGGAACGGGCUGACUAUCGCGAUGCUUGGACUUUGCUGCAAACCGAGCUAGAUUGUUGCGGCACCAAUGGACCAAACGACUGGGAAACCGUCUUUCCUAAUAGUACCCUGCCUGCGGCCUGCUGCUCUGAGAUUAAUUUAAGCGAGGCCAAGGAAUGUACAAAUGUUCACGCAACCCAGCGUGGCUGCUUGGGAAAGCUUUUAGAUAUAUUGGAUUCGAAGACUUUGUUAUUGGCCUCCGUUGUGUUGGGAGUAGCGGGUAUUCAGAUGCUCACUAUACUGUUCGCUUGCUGUCUCUAUCGUUCGUUUCGCAGGAGCUACGAUCAUGUUUAGAAUGCGAAGCGAGGAUCCCGUAUACCGCCUUUAAAAUUGAACAACAUUUUUUCUAGUUUGUAGUUUGGACCAUGCGUCACAUGCCCAUUGAAGGCUGAUUAGCUUAUUGAUAUCUAGGGCAUUUAUUGCGUUUUAUAUUAGUUCUUCAAUUUAUGCAUAUGUAAUAAUAUGGGCAAAUCCCAUCCCAUUUUCUUUGAAAAAACUAAACUUCUCUAUUUACGUUUGUCCUUUAAGUAUUUAAACUUCUCUUUUUUGGGUCCUCGAAACCAAUUUAAGCCAAAUUGGAAUUGUAGUAAAAAAUGUGGCUUCAGGAUCCAGAAAAUUAAAUUUGACUUACAGACCAAAAACAUUAUGGAAUAUACCGACUGAUCUGUAUAACUAUGCGUAUUGUCUGUUUUUCGGAAAUAUUGUUAUAUUUAAACACGGUUAUGCAAUUUGGUGAGAAAACAUCACCAAACGAAUGUCAACUGCAUUUCAAUUACUUAUUAUUUAUGUAACUAAUAAAACACAAUAUUUAUAUAUAUGGUAUUUAGGUUUUUAUGCAUUCAUUUUCUUCAUAUAAGUAGCAUUUCUUUCUUCAUAAAACAUUGUAUCACAGUACACUUAAAUAAAAGCAAACCACAAAAAAACACAUUUAAUAGAAAUGCCUAAACAUAUCGAAUUUACAAUUUUGAUAUCGAAUCACGUUGUGUUGAUUGCAUCACAAAACACUACAUACAUAGUUGUCUACAAGUCUACAUCCGAAUAAUAAUAUGAUAACUGUU